GAUCAACAAAAACAUGGACACGUGACUGAAUUGAAGUACACGCUGGGGGAAAGUAGCGCCCAGAUCAGGUCAAAAAGAAAUUCGAAAACGAUCAUGACGGCCACGGAUUCGGACUCGGAUACGAAUGACUCUAUCAUCGUGGUGGAACCCGGACCCUCCAGCUCGUCGACUCGACGAUCGGUUAGCAAUCCGUAUUACAACCAGAAAUCCAACGACCUCAAAAAUGACGAUGAUUCUGAUGAAGAGGACGAUAGCGAUGAUAGUGAUGAUGAUGAUGAUGAUGACAGUUUUGACGAUGACACUAACGAAAGUGACGGGGAAACCCAGACGGAAGACUCCUCCAAGCCAGCGGACGAAUCCAUUCCGGCUGAAGACGCCUUGAUUGUGGCUUUACGGCAAGCCAAAGAACAGAAGGAACGCAACGCUCCGCCUGAUAUUACAUUUCGUCGAAGUAAUGUGGCCGAUAUCUCGUUCCAUCCCCAAAAUGACUUGAUCGCCGUGGCUGACAUGGAUGGGCAAAUCACCUUAUUCGAAUAUUCCAACGAAAAGAAUGUGGCCAAAAAGAAACUGCAAAUCCACAAGAAGACGGUUAGAAGCAUGGAAUUUGACUCGUCGGGUCGACACCUUUAUUCGGGUUCGAAGGACCGAUCGUUUAAAAUUACAGAUUUGGAAACUGGCCAAAUCAAGCUCAAAGUAUCCAAGGCCCACGAGAGCCCCCUCAAUCGGGUGCGACCGGUCAACGAAUUCAUUUGCGCUACCGGUGAUGAAGAUGGGAUGGUUAAGUUAUGGGAUCCGAGAAGCGGACAGUCCGUUCUUGAGUGCGACGACUUCACGGAUAUUGUCAAAGACCUCUACGUGGACAAGGAUUGUCGUCUCAUGAUUGCCGCUUCGGGGGAAGGCACGAUUAUGAGCUACAAUGUUCGGGGUAAGAAAUCCGACGUUCAGUCUGAGUUUUAUGAGGGCGAAAUGAAUUGUUUGGCCGUGGUUCAUCAUGACUCCAAAUUGGUCUGUGGAUGCGGUGACAGCCGUUUAUACAUGUACAAUUGGGAUCAAUUUGGUUACCACAGUGCAGACUUUCCUGGGCAUCCCGAUUCAGUCAAUGAUAUGGUAGCUGUGACAGAUAACGUUGUAAUCACCGGUUGUGAAGACGGAACCAUUCGUGCCGUACAUCUUUAUCCUCAUCGCUUCUUGGGUGCGGUCGGACAUCACGAAGGGAACUUUCCUAUUGAGCGGUUGGACGUUUCAUCUACAGGCGAGUUUGUGGCGUCCGUUUCGCAUGACCAGAAAGUUAAAUUCUGGAGUAUUGCCUACUUGGAGAAUAUUGAUUACAACAAAACUAAGAAGCCGUUCUUCAAUCGAAUGAAACACAAAAUCCGACGGAAAGACUUCAAAAUGUUGACAGCCAAGGAGCAAGAACACCAGCUUCCAUCAUCCAACCGGGGAAAUAGCAAGGAUUUCUUUGGAGACCUCUAACAAUACACUGUAGAUUACGUAA